UCUUUUACCUAAGAAACCCUAACAAGAAAACGUGGCACCUGUAAAAAAAUGAAAUCUUAUAAAUACUAUAAAAACCUCAUGUAUGGAUUUUCAUUUGGUCUAAAUCUCUUCUUCCUCAUAUUCAAAGCCCUUAGUAAUGGUCGCACCAUUGGUAGCAGGACUAGCUAUAGCUGGUGUUGCAUAUGCUUCAAGAUAUGGAGUCAAGGCAUGGCAAGCAUUCAAGGCCAGACCUCCUACUGCAAGAAUGCGCAAGUUUUAUGAAGGAGGUUUUCAGCCUAAAAUGAACAGGAGGGAAGCUGCUCUGAUUCUUGGAGUCAGGGAAAGCACUCAAGCAGAUAAAGUGAGGGAAGCACAUAGGAAGGUGAUGGUAGCUAACCAUCCUGACGCUGGAGGUAGUCACUAUCUUGCUUCUAAAAUAAACGAAGCCAAAGACACUUUGCUUGGACAGACGAAGAACAAUGGAUCCGCAUUCUAGGCUACAAGGAAUUUUUGCUGGUGCUUAGACAUACCAAAUCCCAGUCUUUAGGCAAUUAGUAGAAUUCUUCAACGAAAUGAUGUACAUUUAGUCCAAGAAGUUAACAUUUGUCACCGGGAUGAAUGUUUUGGAGAAUUUUAGCAUCGACUAUGGAGUUAACUUGGUACUUAAUGCAUUGAUGAAACGGGAGCAACAACUAGUACGUCAUGAUUUCAAUGCAAGUUUGAGAAGUUGAUAUGAAUUCUCCGUAUUCAUGACUUUUUGCUCCAUAUGUAUAUGUAACGGGGCUGAGUAAUUGCAAAAUGUUACUAAUAGAACCAGAAAUGUGUGUGCUUCCUAAAUCUGAAUCAUGUCUUUGAAGACAAAAUGGUUGCCAGCACCUAGUGAUCUUUGAAUUUAAUCAAAUUAAUGUGCAGUGUGUACUA